UCCAAGCCGUGCCAUGCCACCAGCAGAUAGCAAAGAUGGCGGCGCCCCGUUCGGUGGCGUGUUCGCAGACUUACAGCGGCUGCAAUUUUUUCCGUCAACGCCUUGUGCUGUCUACCCUCAGCAGCAAGCCGGUAGAAAUCAAGAACAUACGCCACAGAGACGAAGAACCCGGUUUAAGACAGUUCGAGGUAGAUUUGCUCAAGCUGUUGGAAAAGGUCACAAAUGGAAGUGCUGUUGAGAUCAGCGAAACAGGAACAUGCGUGCGCUACAGGCCGGGCCUGCUGUAUGGGGGCAAAGUGGAGCACGAUUGCUCGACAGAGCGAUCAGUGGGCUACUACCUGGAGGCCUUGUUGUGCCUGGCUCCAUUUUGCAAGAAGCCGCUGGAUGCCACACUAACGGGCGUCACUCAUCACCCGCUUGAUCCUUCGGUUGAUGCCAUCAAGCAAGCCAGCCUACCAGUGCUCGGUCGCUUCAUCUUCACAGAAGGCCUUGACAUUACCAUCAUGAGCCGCGCAGUGGCACCCCUGGGCGGCGGCCGCGUGCGCUUUCGUGCGCCCAUCUGCCGCUCGCUGCGGCCUGUGCGUCUGCUCAACUCUGGCAAGGUGAAGCGAGUGCGCGGGUGGGCCUUCACUGUGAGGGUGUCGCCCACGGUGGCCAACCGUGUGGUGUCUGCUGCCAAGGGUGUCCUGCUGGGCUUCCUGCCGGACGUGUACCUUUACACUGACCACACAGGCGGUGCCCAGGGUACCAGAUCUCCUGGCUUUGGCAUCUGCCUGGUGGCUGAAACGACCCAGGGUGCCUUCCUCUGCGCGGAAGCCAUGUCUAAUCCUGCAGGAGUUGUUGAGAGCCCCAGCGUGCCCGAGGAUGUUGGAGAGCAGGCAGCUCGCGCAUUGCUCCGCGAGAUAUACCGGGGUGGUUGUGUUGACUCAUCUAACCAAGGUCUGGCAGCCCUGUGUAUGUGCCUUGGCCCUCCUGAUGUCUCCAAGUGCAUUGUUGGACCCUUGACACCUUACACGAUACAAAUGCUACGCCAUCUUCGGGAUUUCCUUGGCGUAACAUUCAAGGUGGAGGGUGAUUGCCCAGGCGAAGGGGCACCCAAGGUCCAGCUCACAUGUGUAGGGGUUGGAUUCAGCAACUUGGCAAAGACGACAUCUUAGCAUUGCUGCAGUGGCACCUUCCUGCCUCAUAAGGGGUCUGACUUUUUUUUGUUGAACAGAAACUUGUAAAUAAACAUAUUUAAGAGGGA